UAGGAGAGUUUCACACGCCCUCACUGAGCCCUGGCUGCGGCAAUGGCAAUGGCCAGGACCCCACUGUGCUCCCUCGCGCUCUCCACGCUUGGACCAGCGACACCUUCUGCCCUGAGGAAAUGUUCUAUAUUGGGGCUUCGUGGAGCCACCGGUGGCUAUUAAGCAGUUGAAAUAGGAUCAGUGGGACUGAAAAACUGAAUUUUAAAUUCUGUUUCAUUUUAAUAAACUUACAUUCAAGCGGCCACGCCUAAUGUCACUACCCUAUUCCACAGCUGCCUUUUUUGCAUCUUCUAAAUUCCAAACCUUUUCUUGCCUCUAGCUCUAGAGAGACCUCAAGACCAGGGGAGGCGUGUCUCCACCACUGCGGGAAAUCUCUGGACCCAGCAUUGGAGCUUCGCGGGAAGAGGCAUGGCCUCGGCCACAGCCAGCAAGAAGAUGAGGGAGGAGGCCACCUGCUCCAUCUGCCUGAACCUGAUGAUCGAGCCCCUGAGCAUCAGCUGUGGACACAGCUACUGCCAGGCGUGCAUCCUGCGGUUCCUGGGCAGGGGGCCCCUCACGCUGCAUCCGCAAGUGGAGAUGUUCUCCUGUCCCCAGUGCCGGGCUCCGUUCCAGAGAACCAGCCUCCGGCCCAACAAGCAGCUGGGCAGCCUCAUUGCAGCCAUCAAGGAGAUGGACCAGGAGAUGUCCUGCGAGGAGCACGGAGAGCAGCUCCACCUGUUCUGCGAGGAUGAGGGUCAGCUCAUCUGCUGGCGCUGUGAGCGCACCCCACGGCACAAAGGGCACACUACAGUGCUCCUGGAGGACGUGUGCCUCAGCUACAAGGAAAAGCUCCAAGAAGCCGUGACAAAACUGAGGCAACUGGAAGAGGAAUGCGUGAACCAGAAAGCAUUCACGACAAAGCAGAUCAACGAAUGGAAUGAGAAGAUAAAUGCCAAGAGACAGAAAAUCCAGUCGGACUUCCAGAGUCUGCACAGCUUCCUGCAGGAGGAGGAGAAGUAUUACCUGUGGAGGCUGGAGAAAGAAAGAGAGCAGACCCUGGAAAAACUGAGGGUCAGUGAGGCCAAACUGGGGCAGAAGAGCCAUGAGCUCGAGAGCCACAUCCUGGAGCUGGAGGAGAGAUGCCAGGGCUCCGCCCAGAAGUUGCUGCAGGACGUGAAGGAUGCCUUGAGCAGGAGUCAGGCUGUGCGGCUGGAGACGCCGGAGGCCCUCUCUUUGGAGAUUCACACCGUGUGCAAUGUCCCUGAGCUCUACUUUGACGUGAAGAAGCUGUUAAGGAGCUAUCGAGUCGGCGUGACUCUGGAUCCAGACACAGCUCAUCCUGAACUAUUUCUGUCUGAGGAUCAGAGACAAGUGACUCGGGGGUACCCCCAGGACAAUCAGGCCUCUUCUCCCAGGAGGUUUACUGUCUCACCCUGUGUCCUGGGCCGUGAGAGCUUCACCUCAGGGCGACAUUACUUUGAGGUGGAUGUGGGCGAAGGAACAGGGUGGGACAUAGGAGUCUGCAUGGAGAGUGUGCAGAGGUACACGGGCACGAUGCAGAAGCCCGAGACUGGCUUCUGGGCCAUCCGGCUGUGCACCAAGGACGGCUACGUGGCGCUCACUUGGCCCCGCGUGCCCCUGGAUCUGAAGGAGCAGCCCCUGGUCGUGGGGGUUUUCCUGGACUGUGAGGUUGGAAUUGUUUCUUUCUACAACAUGACCACAGGCUCCCACAUCUUCACCUUCCCCAAGGCCUCCUUCUCGGACAUACUACGGCCCUAUUUUCAGGUUUUUCCGUAUUCUCCCUUGUUCCUGCCGGCCCUGGAUGAGUGAGGAAAGGAGAAGUCUCCUUCUUGGCUUAGCCAGCAGAGAGAAAUAAUGUAAAACCAUGGGGCAGAAUUAUGGUUUAUUUUCUUCACUGCUGUUUCGCCGUACCCAGAAUGGCUGUACUGUUCGUGGAUCCUCAAUAAAUCUGCAUUGAAAGAAAUGGACAUAAAGACUGUAAAA